AGCCAAGGCGUCUAGAGCCUGAGAGUCCCUUUUCCAGAGUAGUCUACUACUGUGGACUUGAACCUGAGACUGUGAACGUUCUAGCCUCUCGGGAAUAUGGGCAGGUCGACGAGGCUCACGAUAAUAAUAAUAAUACUAUCCCCAUCCAGACCCGAGAAUGAAUGCUUGUGUACCUGGAUUCAACCACGGACUGGCGACCCACCGCGCGUACGACGGCCGUCAGAAGCGCGGUUGGAGAUUGCGAAUCAUCAUGCGAAAAAGACACUGCUGGGCUCCGCCGUCAACAUCCUAGAUACUAGCGGAAAUGGCUCGAACGCGCAGGGCUAUCGUAUAAACGGUAUGGCCAGCCUGUCAGCGCCAUUUUGCGCUGUUGUUGUUGGACCCGUUUACCGUAUUCACAGGAACACCCCGGACGCCAAAGAGCUCUAUUCUAAUAAUUCUUCUUCUGUGCGGGAGUCGAGAAGAUGAUUAGCACUCGUAGUCAGUCUGAUUAACUAGACUAAGAAUAGUCGUAGCAACCGCCUGUUGCAAAAGUGGUCGCCUGGCCCAGUAGCAUUUUCCUCUCCUUCUCUCACACCUCUUUGUCAGGCCUGCAACCCUUCGAUCUGCUCAGUCGCUACCUUUCUCAUCGGAGAGAACCUC